AUGCCCGCCGGCCAGGUGCGCACCUUCGGCGGCUCGGGUUACCGCGAUCGCUCGGAUACGACACGUUGUGACGACCGGGGAGUUAUGUGUCGAGAAACAUUUUCCAACGCAUUACGUGGCUGCCCGAGAUGUCUUAUCGUAGAUUCUACUGGGUGGCAGAAGGGCAAGACGAUGCUGCUGGCGUCGCUGGGCGCGUGGAUCCUGUUCACGCUGCCGCUGGGCUUCAUCCAGCCGCCCGCCGUCAGCUGCAUCCAGCGCGCCAACCACUCGUGGGUGCUGGCCGGCACGCACGUCGACAACGCCAUCGUCGAGAAGCGCAGCGUCCCGCCCGGCGGGCCCCCGGCGGAGCUGCUGCUGGUGCCGCUUCCGGAGGAACUGGAGCUGGAGUUGGCCUCCAGCGGCGGGACCGCCACCGGCACCGGCACGGCCACCAGCGCCGACGGGGGCGGUGCGGGCGGCGUGGGCGGCGCGGGCGGCCUCAGACGAGAGCGCCGCUCCCUGCAGCUGACGGCCGGCCAGAGCCCCAUUGGCGUGGGCUACGCCAGCAACUACAACGAGCAGCAGCACGCCAGCUUCGUCUCGCCGCUCUUCUCCUCCAUGGUGUACCGAACGCAGGACAUCGAGAAGGCCUUCUUCCUGCUGCUUCUGCUGGUGAUCAUCGGCGAGUUCUUCUCGGCGCCGGCCAUCACCCUGGCGGACUCGGCGGUGAUCACGCUGCUAGGCGAGGACGCGGACCGCUAUGGCCACCAGCGCAUGUUCGGGUCGCUGGGCUGGGGGCUGGCCAUGUUCUUCGUGGGCAUCGCUCUGGACCACUCCACCGCCUUCCCGGGCCACCCCUGCGGGCCCGACGCGCACGAGAAGAACUACACCAUCUGCUUUGCCACCUUCUCCGUGCUCAUGGGCGCCGCGCUCAUCACCGCCACGCAGACGAAGAUGUUCGCGCAGACGACGCGGGAGAUGCCCGAGUGGGUGACGGUGAUGAAGCAGUUCGCCAACCUCAAGUGCGGCUCCUUUCUCUUCGUCGCCUGGUUCAUGGGCUUCGGCAUCGGGCUCAUCUUCACCUUCCUCUUCUGGCACUUGCAGGACUACGGCGGGUCGCCCACGCUGUUCGGCGUGGCGUCGGUCAUCAAUCACAUCAGCGAGAUCUUCGCCUACUUCUUCAGCUUCCGCCUCAUCCGCCAGAUGGGCCACGUGAAGGUGCUGUGCCUGGGGCUGGUGGGCAACGUGCUGCGCUUCCUCUACAUUUCGUACCUCAGGAACCCCUGGUGGGUGCUCCCCUUCGAGUUCAUGCAGGGCACGACGGCCACCUUCCGCGGCUACGGCGUGUGCUGCCUGCUGGUGCUGGGCGCGUUCGUCUUCAUCAACUUCUACCGGCGCGACACGGGCUUCGUGUCGGAGCUGCCGGCGGCCGAGGACCCGCACCAGGUGGCGGAGGAGACGGCGCACCUGGCGCCGCACGGCUCGUCUGCUGGGCCGUGCGGAGGUACCACCAAUCCAUUCCUGCAGAACGGAGGCGGGGGCGGGGGUGGCUACAACUACCGGGCGGCUGAGCCUGUCAGCGAUGAGGCCAUCCGCAGAAACUUCCAGCGUUACAACGAGGUGCUGUCGGAGUAUGAGGGUUCUGCAAGCAAAGCAGGCGGCCCGCCGGCGCUGACCCGCCUGCAGGCGCAGCAGCCGGUGCCGUCCACGGCACACGCCGCCUAUGACUGGUAGGCACCUGGCAUGGUCCCGCACAGCACACAAUUUGCCCUGGGAAAACAGCCAGGGCCAAACAUGUAUUGUACACGUGCAGCUUAUCCGUCAUAAUGGAAACAGGAUGGCGUCAUAAUGGUAACAGGAUGGCAACCAUCUUGCACUGGGUCAAGGAAAGAGCAUGUAAAGGAUGAUGGCAGAUCAACCCAACAGUUGAAAUAACGAGGCAAAUCAUGGGCAGUCUUUCAACGUGACAAAAUCUCAAUUUUUGUCUUGUUCCUAUUUUGCAAAUAAAACAUGCAGUUUAAUAUGUUGCACUAAGGUGUACUUACUAUUUCCUUAGACAGCAUAAAAGAUGAAUGCAAAACUAAAAUUCCGCAAAAUGCCAAUUUGGAGACACUUCUACUGA